AGGUCGAUCGUGAGGAGCCAAGCACCCUCCCUCCCAUCCCUUCCGAUUGGAUUCCUUGUAAGUGAAGCUUGCUCGCUCUCUGAGGACCAGACCUUACUGAUGACUGGGAAGCCAAGAGCACCCAGGAAAGCACUUUUACCACAGACUCCACCUCAGGAGCAGCAGGAACUCAUCUUCUAAGGAAGAAUCUGUGCCCCUUUGCGUAGACCCCAUGUCUGCUGCAAUGGAUACAGAAUCCACAUAUUCGGGAUACUCCCACUACUCAGGUCACUCCAAAAAAGCCCACAGACAAGGGAGCCGGGACAGGCACAAAUCACCACGAAGCAAAGAUGGGAGUCGCUCCGAGAAGUCUGUCACCAUCCAGACACCUCCUGCAGAGCCACUGCUUGGGAAUGACGCCUCUCGGGCAGAGGAGGGCCAGGAUGACAACUGGGGUGAGACCACGACAGCAAUCACAGGCACCUCUGAGCACAGUAUUUCCCAGGAGGACAUUGCCCGGAUCAGUAAGGAUCUGGAUGACAGCGUUGGGUUGGACUGCAAACGUUACCUGGGCUUAACAGUGGCAGCUGUUCUCGGACUCCUUGUCUUCCUUACCCCCAUCGCCUUCAUUCUGUUACCCCAGCUCCUGUGGCGGGAUGAUCUGGAGCCGUGUGGUACUGUCUGUGAGGGACUGUUCAUCUCUGUGGCGUUUAAACUCCUCAUUCUUCUGAUUGGGACCUGGGCUCUGUUCUUCCGCCAGCCCAAGGCAGAUAUCCCCAGGGUGUUUGUGUUUCGGGCCCUUCUGUUGGUCCUCAUCUUCCUGUUUGUCUUUUCCUACUGGCUCUUUUAUGGCGUUCGCAUCUUGGACUCGAAGGACACCAACUACCAGGGCAUAGUGCAGUACGCCGUGUCGCUGGUGGAUGCUCUGCUCUUCAUUCACUACCUGGCCAUUGUGCUGCUGGAGCUACGGCAGCUGCAGCCCAUGUUCACUGUCAAGGUGGUUCGAUCAACGGAUGGAGAGUCACGAUACUACAGCUUGGGGCACUUGAGCAUCCAGCGAGCUGCACUGGUGGUUUUGGAAAACUACUACAGAGAUUUCACAGUCUACAACCCAGCCUUACUAACAGCCUCCAAAACCCGUGCAGCCAAGCACAUGGCUGGUCUGAAAGUCUACAAUGUUGAUGGCCCAGGGAACAACGCAUCGGGGCAGUCCCGUGCCAUGAUCGCAGCCGCGGCCCGUCGCAGGGACUCCAGUCACAACGAGCUCUACUACGAAGAGGCUGAUCAUGAGCGGCGAGUGAGAAAGCGCCGUGCAAGGCUUGUGGUUGCAGUAGAGGAGGCUUUCACUCACAUCAAACGCCUCCAGGCAGAGGAACAGCAGAAAGCUCCAGGAGAGAUGAUGGACCCCCGAGAAGCAGCCCAGGCAAUCUUCCCCUCCAUGGCAAGAGCUCUGCAGAAGUACCUUCGCACCACCCGCCAGCAGCAGUACCACAGCAUGGAGAGCAUCUUGCAACACUUGUCCUUCUGCAUCACCAAUAACAUGACACCAAAGGUAGCGCUUUCUUUAUUCCUCAGCCCGGGCCCAACCCUCCAGUACGACAGGGAUCGCUGGUUCUCCAAGCACUGGACGCUCGUCAGCGAGGAAGCGGUCACGAGCGGGUUACAAGACGGCGGCGUCUUUGUCCUCAAGUGCUUGGACUUCAGCCUUGUUGUUAAUGUGAAAAAAAUCCCCUUCAUCAAACUCUCCGAGGAGUUCAUAGACCCUAAAUCUCAUAAAUUCGUCCUCCGCUUACAGUCUGAGACUUCGGUCUAA